AUGGACCUUCGAGUGUAUGUUGAUGGUGUUGCACGCAUCAUCUGUGAUUUGACCCGAAAGACUACUGUACAUGAUAUCAUCAUUGCGCUAGCUCAAUAUAAAGGCAAAGCAGGUCGAUAUUCAUUAAUUGAAUGUGCACCAGACGGUACUCAACGAACGUUAUCUCCAAAUGAACUCACAUGUGAAUUAAUUUAUCAUCCUGACUGGGUUUAUAUUUUACGACAAAAUCCUUCACACGUUCAAAAGCGUUCGAAAAGUCUAGAUGAAAAAAAAAACAUCAAUCGAACAACAACAACAACAACAACAACACCAGACAAUUGUUGA